AUGGCCACACCCUUCCACCGUGUGAACGGAGCGUUGUUUGUCGAGGGCGUGUCGGCGACAGCGCUCGCCGGGGCAUAUGGGACGCCGCUGUACGUGUACUCGCGCGCGGCACUCGAGGCUGCAUACCACGCAUACGUUGGCGGCGGGCCCAUCAAGGUGCACGUCGCAGUCAAGGCGAACAGCAACAUUGGCGUGCUGGGUCUCUUUGCAAAGCUCGGCGCGGGCUUCGAUAUCGUGUCGGGCGGCGAGCUCCAGCGCGUGCUGGCAGCAGGCGGGCGAGCGCGGGAUGUCGUCUUCAGCGGCGUCGGCAAGAGCGUGGCCGAAAUGCGCAUGGGGAUCGAUGUAGGGGUGAAGUGCUUCAACGUGGAGAGCAUUCCUGAGCUGGAACGUCUUAACGAAAUAGCCGGCCAGAUGGGGGCAGUUGCGCCCAUCUCCCUCCGCGUCAACCCCGAUGUCGACCCCAAGACGCACCCGUACAUCUCGACAGGUCUUAAGGACAACAAGUUCGGCGUCGCAUUCGAGGACGCGUUGCCGACGUACCGUGCGGCCGCAGGGAUGAAGAAUCUGCGCGUCAUGGGCAUUGACUGUCAUAUUGGCAGCCAAAUCACGAGCGUGGAACCAUACCUCGACGCGCUGGACAAGGUGCUGGACCUGGUUGAUGAGGUCGAGGGUGCCGGGAUCGAGAUCCACCACCUCGAUGUUGGUGGCGGUCUCGGCAUCGACUACGGGAAUGGCGAUGUGCCUCCCGACAGGACCGAGUUCGUACGCGCCAUCCUUGCGCACAUUGAGAAGAGGAAAGCGCCCCGCAAGCGCGAGGUGUGGUUUGAACCAGGCCGCUCCCUCCUCGGCGAUGCGGGCAUCAUGCUUACGACCGUCGAAUUUCUCAAGCCUGGUGCUGCCAAGAACUUCUGCAUCAUCGACGCGGGAAUGAACGACCUCGCUCGGCCGUCCAUGUACCAGGCGUAUCAUGCCGUCGAGACGGUCGAGCAGCCCCAAGGGAAGAGCAGGACAUGGGACGUCGUGGGGCCCGUGUGCGAGAGCGGUUGCUGGAUUGGACGGGACCGCGAGCUUUUGCUACGCCAAGGAGACGUCUUGGCUGUGCGUUCGGCAGGAGCUUAUGGUUUCACCAUGGCUUCAAAUUACAACACUCGAGCACGGCCUGCCGAGCUUGUAGUGGAUGGGGCCAAGGUCCAUGUAGUGCGGGAGCGUGAAACAAUCGAGUCAUUAUACGCUGGUGAACAUCUCGUCGAAUAG